UAAAAAGCCGGAAGCCACGUCAUGUAUCUGUUUUUGUUUGAGAAUUUUGAUGCUGUAGGCUAGCACUUGGUCCGAGUGUGACUUUGUUGUAUGAUCUUGAAGGUGUGAUUGUACUAGAAAUCUGAGGAAAGCGAGACCUGAGUACAAAUACACGAACGAGAUGAGUGGGAAAGAAGAUGUUAACGAGAAAAUACUGUUGGAGCCAUAUAAUUAUAUAUGUCAGAUCCCUGGUAAAAAAGUCAGAACCAAACUAGCAGCAGCAUUCAACUGCUGGUUGAACAUACCAGGAGAGAAGUUAAACAUGAUCGGAGAAGUCACUCAAAUGCUGCACAAUGCUAGCUUAUUAAUUGAUGACAUUGAAGAUAGCUCUAAUUUACGAAGAGGAAUUCCAGUGGCCCACAAUAUAUAUGGAGUACCACAAACAAUUAACUCAGCUAAUUACGUAUAUUUUCUGGGAUUAGAAAAAGUUCUACAACUGGAUCAUCCAGACAGCACAAAAGUAUUCACAGCCCAGCUGCUGGAGCUACAUCGGGGUCAAGGGAUGGACAUUUACUGGAGGGAUGCAGUGGUCUGUCCCACAGAGGAAGAGUACAAGGCAAUGGUCAUCAAAAAGACAGGGGGACUCUUUGGGUUAGCAGUAGGACUCAUGCAACUCUUCAGUGAUUGUAAAAAAGAUUUUGUUCCAUUAUUAAAUGCCUUAGGAUUGUAUUUUCAAAUAAGAGAUGACUAUGCUAAUCUUUACUCCAAAGAAUAUGAGGCUAACAAAAGCUACUGUGAAGACUUGACUGAGGGGAAGUUUUCUUUUCCGAUAAUACACGCCAUUAGGAUGAGUAAGGAAGAUAACCAAGUAAUCAACAUAUUAAGACAGAGGACCACUGACAAUGAUGUUAAGAAAUACUGUGUAGAAUGUCUACAUCGACUAGGAUCUUUCGAGUAUACAAAGGAUACAUUAAUCGAUUUGGAAAUAAGGAUAUUGGAGCUGAUAGAGGAACACGGGGGUAAUCCUAUACUAACCGCAUUAAUUAAUGAACUGAAGAAAGUAUACAGAGGAUCACAAUGACGUGAUAUUGUAACCUGCUCUUACUCACACUACAUCGCUGAUAUUUGUGAUACCAAAUCGCUGAUAUUUGUGAUACCAAAUCGCUGAUAUUUGUGAUAUCAAAUCGCUGAUAUUUGUGAUAUCAAAUCGCCGAUAUUUGUGAUAUCAAAUCAUGGACUCAUCAACAAAAUCAUUAAAUAAAAGACCAAAAUAUG